UUGCAAACUGGAUCACAACAUUCUGAAAGGUGUGGGUUUGGGCACUUAAGUGCCUUCCAGUUUGGCUGUAGCUUGAGGAGCUCCAUAUCUGACUGGAGGGCUACCACAAUGUUACUUCCGUGGACCUGGAUUGUUCUUCUUUGUACAAUUGUCCCUCCAGUGAACCUAGAUCAGAAUUCCUGCAGUGAAACCAGGUGUCGAAAUGGAUACAUUUGCAAGAUUACCCACAAUCAGCCACAAUGCAUCCCAGAACAUCAGUCUUGCAAUACUAUGCAGUGCCACGAGGGGAAAAUAUGUGAAAUAGUUGAUGGCCUGCCAAAGUGUGUUCCUUACCCACCAUCUUGUCAUCAGAUCCAAUGCCUCGAAGGGACAAUAUGUGAUACAUCAGACGGCUUUCCUAAAUGUGUGCCAACACCAAGGACAUGUGCUGCUGUCCAGUGUGAAGAAGGCACAACGUGUGUAGUAACUAACAAUUGGGCUAAAUGUAUACCAGCACCUUUAUCCUGCCAAACCACUCAAUGCAACCCAGGAACCACAUGCAAAGUCAUUAAUAGCUUGCCCCAAUGUGUGCCCACCCAACCUUCUUGCAGUGAAAUCCAAUGCAAAGCUGGUUCUGCAUGCAAGAUUUUUCAUGGCCAUGCCAAAUGUGUCCCACUUGCAGCAUCAUGUGGAAACAUCUUAUGUGACAAAGGAACCAUCUGUGAGAUGAUUGGUGGCCAUCCCAACUGCGUUCCAUUGUCAGCAUCCUGUCUGUAUGUGAAAUGCAAAGUUGGGACUGUGUGUCAUAUUGUGGACGGAUGGCCCAAAUGCAUCCCUGGCUCAUCGUGUGAGAGCUUAAAUUGUACAGCCGGUACUGAAUGCAAAAUUGUCAAUGGUUUUCCCAGCUGUGCAGCAGUCCCACUAUCCUGUGACAAAAUUCACUGCAAACAGGGAGCUGUGUGUGAGAUACUCAAUGGUAAGCCUGUAUGUGUUCCCCUUCUGCCUUCCUGCCGCACAAUCCACUGCAAAGAAGGGACCAUAUGUGAGAUCAUUGAUGAUGUUCCCAAGUGUGUGUCCGCCAUAGCAUCCUGUGACAGAAUCCAAUGUGCAACAGGGACUAUCUGCGAAAUGGAUAAUGAGUGGCCUAGGUGUGUGCCCAGUCCACAUUCCUGUGAAAAAAUUGAAUGCAAAGUGGGAACAGUGUGUAAAAUUGUAAAUGGCUGGCCAACCUGCGUUCCAGGUUUGCGAGCAUCUUGCACAUCUAUUUCUUGCAAAGAGGAGAUGGUUUGUGAAAUGAUUAAUGGAACACCGACGUGCAUUCCCCAACCACGUUCUUGUGAACAAUUUAAGUGCCGAGAGGGAACGAUCUGUGAAAUAGUACAUGGAUGGCCCACCUGUGUGCCUUUGCCAUCUUCAUGUCAGGAUGUACAGUGUGCUCGGGGCACUAAUUGCAAAAUUAUUGAUGGUUGGCCCCAAUGUAUUCCCAUCUCUUCCACAUGUGACAAGCUGACGUGUCAAGUGGGAACUAUCUGCAACAUAGUGGAUGGACAGCCGAAAUGUGUUUCAGUUCCUCCUUCCUGUGAAAACAUCCAUUGCACAUCAGGAACAAUUUGUAAACUUGUUGAAGGUUGGCCCACGUGUGCUCCAAUCCAACAGUCCUGUGACAAAAUGAAUUGCAGAGAUGGGACAAUUUGUAAAAUGAUUGAUAGCUGGCCUCUCUGUGUGCCUAUCCCACCUUCUUGCGACAAAAUCAAGUGUAGAAACGGAAGCACUUGUGAAAUUAUUGAUGACUGGCCCAUGUGUGUUCCUAUCCCAACCUCAUGUGAAAAAAUCCAGUGCAAAGAAGGAACGUUUUGUGAAAUGGUUGGUGGCUGGCCCACAUGUCACCCUGUCCCAAGCUCCUGUGAAAAAGUUAGUUGCAGCAUUGGAACCAAGUGUGAGAUAUAUGGUGGAAGUCCAAAAUGUAUCCCUGUCUCACAUUCCUGUGACAAGCUCCAAUGUAAGGAAGGGACAGUUUGUAAAAUCAGUAAUGGUUGGCCUAAAUGUGUUCCCAUCCAUGCACCGAUCUCAUGUGAAAAAGUCAACUGUAAUGUAGGAACUAAGUGUGAGAUAUACAAUGGCCAGGCAACGUGCAUUCCCAUCUCACCCACUUGUGAUAAAUUCCAUUGCAAGGCUGGCACAGUGUGUCAGAUCAGUAAUGGUUGGCCUCAGUGUGUUUCCAUUCCUGCUCCCAUUCCUGCUCCCACAUCUGCUCAUAUGCCAGCCUCUUGUGAAAGAGCCACUUGCAAUGUUGGGACAGUAUGUGAAAUAUACAAUGGGAAACCAACAUGUGUGCUUGUCUCGCCCUCUUGUGAUAAAUUACAUUGCAGUGCUGGAAAGAUUUGUCAAAUCAGCAAUGGCUGGCCCCGAUGUCUACCCAUUCCUGUUCCUCUCCCUGUUUCUGCUCCCAAUCCUACUCCAGCUUCUUGUGAAAGAGUCACUUGUAGACUAGGAACCAAGUGUGAGAUAUAUGGUGGGCAACCAAAAUGUCUUCCUGUCUCACCUUCCUGUGACAAAUUCCAUUGUAAUGUUGGAACAGUUUGUCAAAUCAAAAAUGGUUGGCCUCAAUGUGUUCCUGUUCCUAUGCACCCUCUUGCUCCUGCUCCGGCUCCUAUCCUUACUUCCACUCCCAUCCCGCCCUCUUGUGCAAUGGCCACUUGUAGUCUAGGAACCAAGUGUGAGAUAUAUGAUGGGCAGCCAAAAUGUCUUCCCAUCUCACUUUCCUGUGACAAAUUCCAUUGUAAUGUUGGAAAAGUUUGUCAAAUCAAAAAUGGUUGGCCCCAAUGUGUUCCUGUUCCUAUUCACCCUUCUGCUCCUGCUCCUCCUGCUCCUCCUGCUCCUCCUGCUUCUCCUGUGCCUGCUCCUGCGCCUGCACCUGCUUCUGCUCCUGCUUCUGCUCCUGCUCCUGCACCUGCACCUGCUCCUGCUCCUGCCCUUAUUUCCACUCCCAUCCCACCCUCUUGUGCAAUGACCACUUGCAAUGUAGGGACCAAGUGUGAGAUAUAUAGUGGGCGGCCAAAAUGUCUUCCCAUCUCACCUUCCUGUGACAAAUUCCAUUGCAAUGUUGGAACAGUUUGUCAAAUCACAAAUGGUUGGCCCCAAUGUGUUCCUGUUCCUAUUCACCCUCCUGCUCCUCUUCCUCUCCCUGUACCCGCUCUCAUCCCACCCUCUUGUGCAAUGGCCCCUUGCCAUGUAGGGACCAAGUGUGAGAUAUAUGGUGGGCGGCCAAAAUGUCUCCCCAUCUCACCGUCCUGUGAUAACUUUCAUUGUGAUGUUGGAACAGUUUGUCAAAUCACAAAUGGUUGGCCCCAAUGUGUUCCUGUUCCCAUUCCAGUUUCUGCUCGCUUUCUAGAUCACACUCUUGCUCCUGCUCCAAUCUCUUGUGAAAUGGCCACUUGUAAUGUAGGGACCAAGUGUGAGAUAUAUGGUGGACGGCCAAAAUGUCUUCCCAUCUCCCCUUCCUGUGACCAAAUCCAAUGCAACGUUGGAACAGUUUGUCACAUUAUGAGUGGUUGGCCUCAGUGUGUUCCCAUCCCACCCUCCUGUGGAAAUGUCACCUGCAACAUAGGGACUGCAUGUCAAAUGAUUUCUGGCAGGUCCAAGUGUGUUCCCAUCUCAAACCAUUUGAUUCCCUCCUGUGGCAACUCACAUUGCAAAGAAGGGACUGUUUGUGAGAUCGUCGGUAGUGUCCCAACCUGUGUUCUCAUUCCAUCUUCCUGUGACAGCAUUCAUUGUCAACAGGGAACAGCAUGCCAGAAUGUACAUGGCAGGCCAUCAUGUGUUGCAGUGUCAUCACCUGCAUCUUGUGCUUCUAUGCUUUGCAAUGUGGGAACUGUGUGCCAGCUUGUUAGUGGAAGUCCCCAAUGUGUACCCAUCCCACGUUCCUGCGAGCAAUUCCACUGCAGACCUGGAACUGUCUGUAAUUUGGAGAAUGGCCAUCCCCAGUGUGUUCCUAUUCAAGUUUCCUGUGAGACCAUCCAUUGCCAAAAUGGAACUGCAUGUCAGGUUGAGAAUGGUACUACCAAAUGUGUGCCCAUUGCACAAUCAUGCCAUGCAAUUCAAUGCAGGACGGGAACUAGCUGCAAGAUUGUGGAUGGCUCACCCAAAUGUGUUCCAGGUUUGCCCAUCCAACCGAUGUGCUGGGCCUCUGGGCAACCCCAUUAUCACACCUUCGAUGGACGAAGUUAUGAUUUUCAAGGUACCUGCACGUACACAGUGGUGAAGACCUGCACGGCCAGUUCUGGACUACCAUUCUUCCACAUCUUCACCAAGAGCCAGAAGAGCUCCCCAUUCUCUCUCAUCAACCAGGUCACCAUCACGGUCUACAAUUACAAUAUCUCCAUGGUCAAGUACGAAUAUGGCAUUGUCAGAGUCAACCAACUACGCUCCCGCUUACCCCUUUCUUUGCAUGAUGGGAAACUCUCCUUGUACCACCGGGGAGAACAAUUGGUGAUCGAAACCCAGUUUGGCCUGAAGGUCUACUAUGACUGGAAGUAUUACCUUGCUGUGAAGGUGACUCCAGCUUUUCAGAACCACAUUUGUGGCCUCUGUGGCAAUUACAAUGGGAACCCUAAUGAUGACUUUACAACAUCCUUGGGAGCCUUGGCCACCAAUGCAGUCGAGUUUGGCAAGAGCUGGACGGUAGAUGAUGGAGACCAUGCCUGUAGUCAUGGCUGUGGCCGCAAAUGCAUACGCUGUACUCCAGAUUUGGUGAGCAAAUACAGCGCCGAGACCUUAUGCGGCCAGAUCACGAAACGCACCGGUGGUCCUUUCCGAUCAUGCCAUGCUGUGAUUGAUCCCAAGCCCUAUUUGAAUGACUGUGUGAUUGAUUUAUGUACCUUUGAUGGCUACAAGCAGAUCUUGUGCCGAGCCUUAAAGACUUACGCUGAUGCCUGCCAAAGAGAAGGGGUAGAAAUUGCUGCCUGGAGGAAACAUACUGGCUGCAACAUAAUUUGCCCUGACUAUAGUGAAUACAUGUCCUGUGGCUCAGCUUGUCCUGCCACUUGUAGUGAUCUUGAUGCGCCAAAGAAUUGCAAAUUGCCAUGUGUGGAGACUUGCCAAUGCAAGCCAGGCUAUGUACUGGAUAGUGGCAAAUGCAUUUCCAAAGACCGAUGUGGUUGUGUCUAUCAUGGGCAGCUCUACGCACCCAAUGAGCAUUUCUGGGGUGACAACCAAUGCCAUUAUCAGUGCAUGUGCAGAGCACAAGACAAGAAGGUAGUCUGCCAAGAGUCCCGUUGCAAGGAGACAGAGGAAUGCCAUGUGGUCAAUGGCAGAAGAAAAUGUCAUCCCACUUUCUAUGGGACCUGCACUGCUCUAGGUCAAGUACAUCAUAUUACCUUUGAUGGCAUGCGCUAUGACUUCUAUGGGACCUGUGUUUACCGUCUGUCUGAACUCUGUCACCACAGCAAGGCCAACCUGACUCACUUCCAAGUCUUGGUUCAGCAUGAAAGAAAUGGACUCAAGAAUCCUUCGGCCUCCAAAGUCCUUGAGAUCAAGGUCUAUGGGAUGACAGUUACUGUCAGCCAGAGCCAAGUCCUGCUGAAUGGCCUCUUGAUCAACCUGCCUUAUAACAUCGAAUACGACAAAGUCUCCCUGUAUCGCCAGGGCUGGGAUGUUGUCAUCACCACUGAUUUUGGCCUAUCUGUCACAUUUGAUGGGAAGAAUAAUAUCCGUGUCACAGUACCAGGAACCUAUAGGAGUAACCUGUGUGGCUUAUGUGGCAAUUUCAAUGGACAGGCCGAUGAUGAUAUGUUGCAGCCAAAUGGAAGGGCAGCAACUAAUCCUGCAGAUUUUGGAAGAACUUGGAAGUUUCGAGACAUCCCAGGCUGCACUGAGUUGGAGAAGAAAGCCUGCCCAGACUUCCAGAACAUGGAGAACACACAGAGAACAAGCAAGGAGUGUGGCAUCCUGUUAGAGAAACAGGGGCCCUUCCGAAGGUGCUAUAGCAAGGUGCCACCGGAACUGUACUUCAAAGACUGUGUCUUUGACUAUUGUUCCAAUAAGGGCAAUAUAAGUGUAAUCUGUCACAUCCUUUCCUCCUAUGCUGCAGCAUGCCAAGCAGCUGGUGCCAUGGUUGAUGAAUGGAGAUCUGCCCAUCUCUGCAAACCUAACUGUCCAGCCAACAGCCACUACAAAGUUUGUGCCAGCAGUUGCCCUGUGACAUGUCGCAGCCUCUUUAACCCGGUGCUCUGCACUACUAAGUGCCACGAGGGAUGUGAGUGUAAUGAAGGUUUCGUCUUGAGUGGCAACCAGUGUGUUCCCAUCUCCCAGUGUGGCUGUGUUCACCAAGGCUUCUACUACAAGGCGGAUGAGGCUUUCUACCUCAAUGGAUUCUGCAAGGAACGAUGUGUUUGCAAAGUAGGCGGCAUCAUGGACUGCCACCGUUCUUCCUGCGGUCCUAAUGAAGAAUGUCGUUUAAUGAACGGCGUCCACAAGUGUCAGGGGCUUGGCUCUAAAAGCAGUGGCGCAUGCCAUGUGGCUGGCGACCCACACUACAUCACCUUUGAUGGAACCACAUUCGAUCUCCAGAGCAACUGCUCAUACAUUCUGGCUAAGAGCUGUGCUCUCAAGAGUUCUGUUCCAGCCUUCUCUGUCAACGUGGAGAAUGAGAGCCGGUCCAAAGGCAAGGUCUCAGUUACAAAAGUUGUGUCAGUCACUGCCUAUCAGAACACAAUCUCGGUCUUUCGGGAAAAGAGAGGCAUUGUCCUGGUGAAUGGAGCUACUACCUUCUUACCUUUUCAACUGGAAGGUUAUGGCAUGUGGGUGUUCUACCAUGGUGACAACAUUGUGAUUCAAACAGACUUUGGCUUAUUUGUCUCCUUUGACCAACUCUACCACCUAAUUGUCAAAGUGCCUAACGCAUAUUAUGGCCAGAUGUGUGGCUUGUGUGGCAAUUUUAAUGGCAGGCCCCGGGAUGACUUAUUCCUGCCCAGUGGACAGCCGUCCACAAGCAUUUCACACUUUGCAACGUCUUGGAAAGUGGGUGGGAUCCAGGCAGCCUGCAAGGAGGAUUGUGCAUCUUCAGUCUGUGGGCCUUGCCACGUGAGCCAAAAAUCCAGCUUUGUCCACACCAGCCAAUGCGGCAUAUUGCAGGAAGCAAAUGGACCUUUCAGUGCCUGUUAUUCUACUAUCAAUCCUACAGUCUUCUAUAACCACUGUGUGCAUGAUCUCUGCAAGGCACGAGGGAACACUGUUAUCCUCUGUCGAGCUAUACAUGGCUAUGUCACUGCUUGCCAAGCUGCUGGCAUUCAGAUCCAGCCCUGGAGAACUGCAAAAUUCUGCCCUAUGAAAUGCCCAGCCAACAGUCACUAUGAACUCUGUACCAGGGCUUGUCCCAGCAGAUGCAAAGAAGUGACCAGCAUCACCAAGUGUCCCAACCUAUGCGCUGAAGGCUGUCAGUGCAAUAAGGGUUACUUUUUAGCAGGAUACCAUUGUGCUCCCAUCAACCAGUGCCGGUGCUUCCACAAAGGCAUGUGGUUUAAGGUUGGUGUAAAGGUAAUCACACCCAAUUGUAUGGAGGAAUGCAUCUGUCCGAACCAAGGCCGGGUAUCGUGCAAGCCACUCCCUUGUGCAUCUGGAGAAUCCUGUGCCUUGAUUAAUUCCAAAUGGAGUUGUGUUCGGAAAGAAGGCCACUGCACCAUCGCCCAAAAAAACGUCUUCACGUCUUAUGAUGGUGUCUCUGGAAAGAUUCCUGUUGAAGGGUCCUAUGAAAUCUCAGUGCUCAAUGAUGCCCAGUCUCCAUCUUGGUUCCGGGUGGUGGUACAGUUGCACAAGUGCCCCCAGUGCGCUACAUCCAUGGUUAUCUCUGUCACGGUCUACUUCCACAAGUUUAUUGUGCAAGUAAAACAAGAUAAUACAGUCUCGGUGAAUGGGCAACCAGUGCAUCUCCCAGCCCAACCUUCAAAGGAGUUAUCACUUAGUGUGGUCCAGGACAUGGUGAAGGUGUCUUAUGGAUCUGAUGUAAAAGUUCUCUACAGUUCUAAAGGAGACGUAACAAUUAUCAUUAGUGGAACCUUAGCCAACAAAGUGUCCAGAUCUUGUGGGAACUUCAACGGUCAUGGCUCAGAUGACCUGCGGCUACCGGAUGGUAGGGUAGCACACACCAUCACAGAGGUCAUUAGCCAAUGGAAAGUCACUGCAGCAACAGAAAAUGCUCAAUCUAAAAUCCACUCCUAUUGAAGAACAGAAUUAAAAUCAGCCUUUGGAUAUCCAUUAGGCACACCGUCUGAACUGGCUCGCUUCAGAGACACUUAAUGAGUACCAAGGAAAGGACCGUCACCUGUUCCCAAAAAUACACCAUAAUUUCUCUUGUCCAGCUGAAAACAACUGCAUCCCAGUACUAACAUUCUACAGGGUGAAAACUAAACCUUAUUAACAGUGUACAUAGUAUAAAUAUGGAGUGGGCAACCUGCUGUUUGGGAUUAAAAUUCCUACUGGCAGAGCAUAGCCCAAAACAUUUAUAGGGCACCAGGGUGCCUUCCCAUGGCUUAGAUCUCUAGCUAACCCCAAUACUUUGAAUUUGCAUUGUUCUUUUUUUAAAACAUAGAUUUGCCAGCAUAGAGAUUUGACUCAAAAGUGACAUAUUCCACACAGCAAAUUUCAGUCCGAAAUGGAAUAGCUGCCCCUUCCUUAUAGAGAUGAAGUAUUUAAUCAAAAACAUUGAGCCUUUGGGGAAAAGCAACAGUAGUUUCAUAACAAUGUAUUGACCUGCACCCAGCCAAAACACAAGAACCAAUAAAAUACUUUUGGUAAAAGGG